GUCAAAGAGGAAGCACCAGAACCCUAGCCUAGUUUUUUGAGGUGGUGGCAGUUAUUGAACAGGGCAGACAGAUGGCUUAUGCUUCCCAAGUCCUCGCAGAAGGUCCUGACCCUAAAAUGACUACAAUGCCAGAAGAUACUUUGUUUGCAUAGAUCUCAGGCCUUAAAUGUGACCAUAUGUGUGAAUUUGAAACUUUUUCCACAAGAUAAAUUUUAAAUGUGUCUAAUGGGAAGAACAACCUAAGAGAAUAUACAACAAGCUGUUGAUGUUUACUGAUGGCCUCCUCUGGGCGCUGGGAUUUUGACAGAGGAAUUUGCUGUCUUUUUACUUCAUAUGCUUAGAAAAAGAAUAUAGGAAAGUGGGGUUGUGGGUGAUUUAAAAUUUCUUCCAAUAUUUCUAUAAUGAAAAUAUAUUACUUUUAAAUCAGAAACAAAAUAAAAUUGUCCGAAUUAGGAAAAGGGGACUUCUGUUUCUGAGGAGUAGAGAGUAGCAUGAAUGAGUUCUUUAAGGCCAUAUGAAAGCGGUGGUUCUAUAAAGUGUUGAGGAUAAUCUGGCUUAUUCUAGUCUCCCUGUUAAGUAAAGAGGUUUCAGAUACAAAGGAAAAGACCAGCAACCCAAUAGGAAAAUAAGCCAAGGACAUGAACAGACAGUUCACAGAAAAAAGAAAACCCAAAUGUCCCUUAAAUUCAAUAAAGAGCUUGAUCUGCAUCAUAAUAAGAGAAAUGCACAUUAAAGUAUCAUCCGUCAUCUAUCAGACCGGCAAAAACCCCAGUUUGGUAACAUAUUCUGUUGGCAAGAUGUGAGAAAUGUAUACUCUCCCAUUGACGGGAGUAUGAUACGGUAAAAUUAUCUGUGGAGGGGAGUCUGACAAUACCUAUCAAAUUAUUUGUUCUUUGAAGUAGCAGUCCCGUUUCUUGGAAUCCAGCCUAUCCAUACACCUAUGUGUGUACAAAAUUAUAUAUAAGCUUUUCAUCACAAUGUUGUUUUGGUGUUAAAAAAGGGCAGCAACUCAGCCGUGAAGUGUUAUGGGAAGUCAGGGACCCCGAACGGAGGGACCUGCUGAGGCCGUGACAGAGGAACAGAAAUUGUGAAGAUUUCAUGGACAUUUCUCACUUCCCCAGUCAAUACUCUUGUGAUUUCCUAUGCCUGUCUUUGCUUUGAUCUCUUUGUCCCAUCAUCUUCGUAAGCUGAGGAUGUGUGUUGCCUCAGGACCCUGUGAUGAUUGCGUUAACUGCACAGAUUGUUCUUAGGGCAUGUGUGUUUGAACAGUGUGAAAUCUGAGCACCUUAGGAAUAGGAUAACAGCAAUUUUUCAGGGAACAAAGGAGAUAGCCUUAAAGUCUGGCUGCCUGUGGGCCAGGCGGAACAGAGCCAUAUUUCUCUUAUUACCGAAAACAGAUAAGAGAAAUAUUGCUGAAUAUAAAGUGUUGAGGAAAAUCUGGAAAAUAUAAAGUGUUGAGGAAAAUAAGGAAUAUUAAUAAUUAACAGCCCUGGGAGAAGAAUGCAUUCCCGGGUGGGGGGCCUCUAAAAUGGCCGCUGUGGGGGUGUCUGCCUUACGCAGUUGCAGAUAAGGGAUGAAACACACCCUGGCCUCCUGCAGCGCCCCUAGGCUUGCUAGGAUUAGGAAAUUCCAGCCUGGUGAAUUCUAGUCAGACUGGUUCUCUGCGCUUGAACCCUGUUAAGAUGUUUAUCAAUGACAAUGCGAGCACAGCGGGACAUGGAAGUUCAUUACUGAUUCCCGUUUCGCUCUGACCUUGUGAUCCCGCCCUGACCUUCUGCCUUGUGAUCUUUCGUCGCCCUUGAAGCAUGUGAUCUCUGUGACCCACACCUUAUUUGUACACUCCCUCCCCUUUGAAAAUUGCUAAUAAACACUUGCUGAUUUUACGGCUCAGGGGGCAUCACGGAACCUGCCGACAUGUGAUGUCUCCCCCAGACACCCAGCUUUAAAAUUUCUCUCUUGUACUCUUUCCCUUCUCAGACUGGCCGACACUUAGAGAAAUAGAAAAGAACCUACGUGAAAUAUCGGGGGCUGGUUUCCCCCGGUAGUGAAGGAGACAGGUUAGAUACAUUGGAGCUUCCACACAGGAGAGAGGGAAGGAACUGGAGGAGAAGGUGAGUUGAAAGAUUUGGGGGUUUUGUUUUUAAGUGAGAGAGAUUUGAAUAGGUUUAAUGCUGAUGGUGGGGAUCCAGUUAAGAGAAAGACUGAAAAUACUAGAGGGAAAGGUAACUGACAGUAAAGAGUUCCUAAGAACCCCAAGCAGUAAAUUCUAGCCUAGCUGGGGGUGCGGUGUGAAGAAGCGAAGAACCUUUAUUUAUUUAUUUUUUUUAAUGGGCCGGGUGUGAAGCUACAUUUGUAGUUUUGUGGCAGGAAGUUCCCUUACUGUAACUUCUAUAUUUUCUGUGAAGCAGAAGACAAGAACUCUGUUCAAAGUUAGGGAGAUGAUAAAUUGAGGGCUAGAAGAGUAAGGCAGGCUUGAAACAAUCAUUGUCACGAAUGCGAGUUGACCAGAGAUUAGUAAGGUCGCUGGGCCAUGUGUAGGGGCCCAGUUGAAACCAGCGAUUACAAAUGUGCAGUGGUUCCAGGCUGUGCAGCUGUGUGAAUCUACCUGAUGACCCUCGGUUGCUUGGGUACUGCCAUGGAUAGCACAUGUGUUGGCUUUGUCCAACUUUGGGCUUUUGGCCACAUUGAUUUUAAAAAGACAGAGGAGCCACAGAUUUGAGAGUACUGCAAAAUGACUUUCCAAAUUGAUGAACCAUGGACUCAGCUAGAUAGACAGAGAAAUGAAAAGAAGGGACUAAUAGGGAAUAAGACGUGUGAUCCAUGACCCAUGGCCCUGAUGGACGUGAAGAUCCACUGUUGUGGGAGGAGUGGAACACUAACACUAAAUGAUGGAGGCUGUGGUCAGAAACAGGUCAAUGAUGGAGGCUGUGGUCGGAAACAGGUCAGUGAUGGAGGCUGUGGUCAGAAACAGGUCAAUGAUGGAGGCUGUGGUCGGAAACAGGUCAAUGAUGGAGGCUGUGGUCAGAAACAGGUCAAUGAUGGAGGCUGUGGUCAGAAACAGGUCAAUGAUGGAGGCUGUGGUCAGAAACAGGUCAAUGAUGGAGGCUGUGGUCGGAAACAGGUCAAUGAUGGAGGCUGUGGUCAGAAACAGGUCAAUGAUGGAGGCUGUGGUCGGAAACAGGUCAAUGAUGGAGGCUGUGGUCGGAAACAGGUCAAUGAUGGAGGCUGUGGUCGGAAACAGGUCAAUGAUGGAGGCUGUGGUCGGAAACAGGUCAAUGAUGGAGGCUGUGGUCAAACAGGUCAGUGAUGGAGGCUGUGGUCAAACAGGUCAAUGAUGGAGGCUGUGGUCAAACAGGUCAAUGAUGGAGGCUGUGGUCGGAAACAGGUCAAUGAUGGAGGCUGUGGUCAAACAGGUCAAUGAUGGAGGCUGUGGUCGGAAACAGGUCAGUGAUGGAGGCUGUGGUAAGAAACAGGUUGAAUUGGAGGGGCACACAUUUGGUCAUGAAAAUGGUGGGACUAAGAAGAAUGAAGUGGCAUGCAAGAGACCAUUAUAGAAAUGAUGUGGAACUCAGAGUGAGGAUGUUGGGUGUGUGCUCUUCUGUAUGGACAUUGACUUUAUGCUAAAAUGAGAUUCACUAUGUGGGAACAUAGUAAUAAAAUAAUGUGGCUGGGCGCGGUGGCUCACACCUGUAAUCCCAACACU